AUGGUCCCCUCUCCACCUCACUAUGUCAAGAGCGACCCUCCGGUCCCUGCUGGUGCUGUUUCCAUUCCGCCGGUCGCCAACUCCCACGGCAUGGCGACCCGUGGAAAAACAGGCUACCGGCAGCCUCGCCUCGCCUUGCAUAUCGAGGCCUUGUCUCCACUACCGCGGUACUGUCAUGAUGCUCUUGCUGAUCCUCAUUGGCGCCAGGCCAUGGAAGAUGAAUAUGCAGCUCUUCAGGACAACCACACUUUGGACCUCGUCCCCCGCCCUGCCAAGGCUAACGUUGUUACUGGAAAAUGGAUUUUCAAGCACAACUUCCAUGCAGAUGGCUCAUUGGAGAGAUACAAGGCUUGUUGGGUACUUCAGGGAUUCACUCAACGCCCCGGAGUUGACUACGAUGAAACCUUCAGCCCGGUUGUUAAGCCGGCCACUGUUCGCACAGUCAUCACGGUGGCACACUCUAAGGAUUGGCUGAUUCAUCAACUUGAUGUGAAGAACGCUUUCCUCCAUGGGACGCUCUAA